CUCUGGGAAAGACAGAAAUUCAUCGUUUUAAGACAUGAAUUAGCAUUUUCUUCACAGGAAUAACAGCAGAUAAAGAAGCGCUGGACUCGACAUGACGUGAAGCUCCUCGUAAAGUGUCUUUACAUUAAUAUUAUUAAGGGGUAUUUUUCAGAGGGAUAUGGCGGAGGGGGAGGAGGCGAUGAGCCAAGAGGACUGGAAGGAGAAGUGUGUGGUCCUGGAAGCACUGCUCAUGAAGUUCAGAGUGCAGAUCAUCAAGAUCCGAGAGCUCACAGCAGACAAGAUUCAGCAACUGGAGACGCAGGUGAUCGAUGCAGAGAAACGGGCGUUCACAGCUCAGCAGCAGGUGCAGUGGAUGGAGGAGAAGCUCAAAGCAGCAGAUGGUCAUUCUGGAGACUCAGAGGUGCGUCUGUUUCAGCGGUGCCAGGAGCUGCAGGCGUUAGUGCAGGAGAAGGAGGAUGUAAUCGCACAGCUGGAGCAGCAGCUGGAGGAGCAGAAACAGCUCCGCCUUCAAGAUGCCAAGAUGGUGGAAGAGAAGGCAGCUAAGAUCAAAGAGUGGGUGAUGCUAAAGUUGUCAGAGUUUGAGGUAGAGAAUGCAGCAUUAAGAGAAACCAACAAACAACAGGAGGCUCAGAUUUUGGAGCUUCAAAAACAAAUACAAGCCUUUGAGCAGAAGUGCAAGGGUGGAGCUGGAGCCCUGUGUAAGCCAGGUGAAGCCCAGCGUCUUAGCAGCCUGACGUUCGGCUGCUUUCAGGUGAGAGGGAAGAACCCGCAGGUCCUGACUGGACCAGCGCCGUCCCAGAAGACCCUGAGCGCGCAGGGGGAGACAGACGCCAGGGACAAAACCGAUAAGAAUAGUAAGAAGACAGCCUCAUCAGUGACAGAUGGUGAAGUCCAUAAACUGAGCCAAACUGGACUGCUGUGUUCUCCGCUAGAGGAUGACGGUGCACCUGAAAGCUCUGUUAGCAAUGCAUCUGGACCCGAGUCCCGCCGCGUAUUGUCUGUGCUCUCCAGUGCUGCAUCUGUGGAGGAAGAAGUAUGUGAGAGCAGAAGCGGAGCGUGUGGUCUGGAGUUCAGCCGGCCCAGCAGUGAGACCUACCUGACAGCUUCAGACGACAGCAGCUCUCUGUUUGACGAUGACAUGCAGCGUACAGAGCGCCCCAGCUUUAGCCUGCUGGAGUCAUCAGAUGGAACACUAGCAGGGUGUAAGAAUGAAGAGGAGGAGGGACGCACGGCUAAGGUGGAGGAUUGCACCUCUGAGGAGCUCAACAAACGAUUCCAGUCACAGAGACUUGACUCCUCAUCAUCUUCCAGUGAACCUAACACUCCCAGCCCCAUCCUCACACCAGCUCUCACCCCUAAACGGCCCAACCCGCCCCAGGAUCCAAAAGACAACCCCGCCUCACCCAAACAGCCCCGCUUGAGGACUCCCACAGGGUUCGGGUUGAAGAACGUGUCUCUGGCCAAGAAACACCUAAGCCAGCCGUCAAUCAGCAGUGAGGCAGCACACGGCCAAACGCGUAAUGCACUCAGCAUGCUGCGCCCCCUCCAGCCUCAGGAAACUGAUGUUGACGCACAGCAGGAGGUUGGCAUGGAAACGGGCAAAGCCAUAGUUCCCGAAAUCCUUCCCGGCUCACAAGCAGCAACCACCGUGCCAUCCGCACCGAAUUCAUCGGAACGUGGGACAGAGAUGGGCUCAGGGAGGUCAGACUGUGAUAGCACCACACCUGGCAGCAAACCUCCUACUCCACCUUUACACAGGCUCCCCUCCUGGGAAAGUCGUAUAUAUGCUGUUGCUAAAUCAGGAAUCAGACUGUCUGACACUUCAUGCACAGACCUGUCUAACAAAGACCCAUCCCUUCAGUCUUCCUAUCCAGCCUUUGUAAUGUACACAUCACUCAUCUAUAAAAACAUGACUACACCAGUUUACACUACUCUGAAGGGGAAAGCUACUCUGCUGAGCAGCAGUCCCUUCUCGGAUGAGUCAUCAAGCUCUGAGGAGUCAUCUAGUUCAGGAGAUGAGGACGGCUCCCUGUGCAGCUCCCACACCUCCUCCAGCUCCAGAAAAGACAGCAGCCCAGGCAGCCCACGCUCUCUCAAGAGAGCUGUGUCCGUGGCGUCGAUGACAUCAGAGUGUGACUAUGCCAUCCCUCCUGAUGCUUACUCCACUGACACGGAGUGCUCUGAACCUGAGCAGAAACUGCCCAAAACCUGCUGUUCACCCAGUGACAACGGCAAGAGUGAGCCAAUGGAGAAGUCAGGCUAUUUGCUGAAAAUGGUCAAAACCUGGAAGAAGACCUGGAAGAGACGCUGGUUUGUCCUCAAAGAUGGAGAGCUGCUCUACUAUAAGUCACCGAGCAAUGUGAUCAGGAAACCUCAGGGUCAGAUCAAGGUCAGCGCCACCAGCAGCAUUGCCCGUGGCGAGGGCAAACAAGUUCUCCAGAUAGUAACAGGAAAGCACGUUUACUACCUGAAGGCGGACUCUCCUAACCUGCUCGAGGAGUGGCUUCGGGUCCUGCAGAGCGUGCUGAGGCUGAAAGCCGCCAGUCCUCUCUUCACUCAGCCGGAUAUUCGCCCUGGCAUGAAGGGACUGCUCAUCAAGGUGAAACACGGCUACUCUAAGCGGGUUUGGUGUGCUCUGAUCGGCAAAACGUUGUACUACUUUCGCAGUCAAGAGGACAAGUUCCCACUGGGUCAGAUUAAGCUGUGGGAGGCUCGGGUGGAGGAGGUGGACAGGUCAAGAGAUUCAGAUGACGACCUAAAGGCAUGCGGGCGAGGCUUACAGCCGGCACCCUUCACCAUCGCCAUCCACCCACAGGAGCAAGGACCCACUUACUUGCUCAUUGAAUCCCGCCAUGAAAAGGAGUCGUGGCUGUACCAUCUGUCUGUGGCAGCAGGCACUACGGUGGGCAAAGUUGGCACUGAAUUCGAACAACUGGUGGGAAAACUCUUCCAGCUGGAUGGAGAUCCAAACUCUCAGAUUUGGAGACACCCCAUGUUGUGUUUCAGCAAAGAAGCCUUGUCAUUUCCUCUCACCACCCUGCCCUCACAAGCUCUGCAGACAGAGGCAGUGAAACUCUUCAAGACUUGUCAGCUCUUCAUUAACGUGGCCAUCGAUGCUCCGGCCAUCGACUACCACGUCUCCCUGGCCCAGAGUGCCCUGCAGGUGUGCCUGGCCCACCCCGAGCUUCAGAAUGAGUUUUUCUGCCAGCUCAUCAAGCAGACCCACAAGAGGCAGCCACACGGCCAUCCGGGACCCCUGCAGGGCUGGCAGUUUCUAGCCUUGUGUGUGGGACUGUUUCUGCCUCAGCACCCUUUCCUCUGGCUGCUCCAGAUCCACCUCAAAAGACAUGCAGAUGCCAGGACAGAGGUGGGUAAGUAUACCAUCUACUGCCAGCGCUCCAUGGAGCGGACACAGCAGAAGGGCGAGAGACAGGCCAGGCCUUCCCGUAUGGAGAUUCUUUCGAUUCUUCUGAGGAAUCCCUAUCAUCACUCCCUGCCCUUCAGUGUGCCCGUGCACUUCCUCAACAAUACAUACCAGGUGGUGAGCUUUGACGCCUCGACAACGGUGGACGAGUUCCAGUGUCGUCUCAACCAGGACACCGGCAUGAGGAAAACGGGACUUUCUGGUUUCAGCUUGUACACCGAUGACCCCACUGGACGGUCGCUGGAACACUGUCUGCAAGGAGGCCUGAAGAUUUGCGACAUUAUCUCCAAAUGGGAGCAGGCCUCCAAGGAGCAUCACACCGGCAAGUCGGAAAACACCAGGACUGUCCGCCUCACCUACAAGAACAGACUUUACUUCUCUCUCCAAGUGAGGGGGGAGUCAGAGAGGGAGAGGUUACUGCUGGCAUAUCAGACCAAUGAAGCCAUCGUAGCCGGACACUUUCCUGUCAACAAGGAGCUGGCUCUGGAAAUGGCCGCACUGCUCGCACAGGUGGAAUUUGGAGAUUUUGAGCGUCCCUUCUCCACCUCUGGAUCGGCCCAGACUAAGUCUAAUCAGAACCUGAAGCAGGUGUUGGACAGAUUCUACCCCAAACAUUACCGCAGGAGCACAUCUGAGGAGCAGCUCAGACAACUGCUACAGCGUCUCUCUGCCCGCUGGGCCUCACUCAGGGGUCGAAGUUCACCAGAGUGCGUCAGGAUCUACCUGACCGUAGCCAGGAAGUGGCCGUUCUUUGGUGCCAGACUGUUUGAAGCAGAGUCCAUCACGCCCUCUCCAGAGCCCGGUGUUCGUGUUUGGCUGGCUGUACAUGAAGAUGGUAUCAGCGUCCUGGAGCACAACUCCAUCAAACUGCUGGUGUGCUACUCCUACAAGAACCUGAUGACAUUUGGAGGCUGCAAGCAGGACUUUAUGCUGGUGAUGGGUCAGAACGUCGGCACUAACGCCAGCAAAGACAAACCUACAGAGAAACAUCUGUUUGCUAUGGACCCCUCCAAGGUCAGUGAGAGGGCGGACCGCGGUCGUGCCAGAGGGCGACAGUCCAGACGGCCAAGCAGAAUCAGGGAGGUCACGCUCCUCAUUUCCAGUUACAUCAACAGCGCACAUCAGCAGAAGGCCGCCGCCCACCACCUCUCUGCCCCGGCCCUGAUGGUGGCCCAGCCCGUGAGCCUGAAGAGCAAAGAGUUGAGGAGCAAAUCCCCCCCAGCUCUGGGACGCCCCAGCAAGGCCCCCACUCUGCUGUGAUGGCACAAAGACUUACACCCUGGUCUUAAUUUACAUUAGAAAUGUAGGAUCUUAAGCUGCAUGGUUUCAUCUGUGCACUUUAGCCCAGCUAAAUUCUGAAAAGUGGAACGGUUACCCCUUCGUGACAAGCCGGGCGCUAACAAAACCUAUCUGUUGAGUGCAGUUUAAUAUUGUAGACCAGCUGAGGUUGCAGCAAUUUGCAGGUAUCACCAUGUAGCGCCUUGGUACCUUCCUCAGAGAACACUUGAUGAGAUCUGUGGCUCAGACUUGAGCUAAAGGCUUUAUACAAAGGUACAAUGGGGCCAAGAAGCACUAAGAGGCUUUGCUUAACAUUUUUUGUGUCCCUAAUGAUUGUGUUGCUUUCAUUUUGUCACUCCAAGGAGAAAAAUCAACAGUAUUUAUUGACAGACUGAGCAAAUGUUCUGAAACGUCUCUAUCAAUCAGUGUUACCUGGUACAUUUCUCUGUGUGUUCAGUUAAUUUUUGUAUUUCUGCCUUUAGAAAGUAAUGCACAGUGCAGAGGAGGUAAUGAUCAGUUGUUAUUAAAAAAUCAUUUAGAGAGGGCGCCUGUUGUUUCCUGCCUUCUGUUAGGGCAGAGUGGCCCCAGCAGGAAGUGAAACUUAGUGUUACAGUCAUGCAUAAUGAAGGACAUUAUGAUGAAAGCUGGAGGCAAUAACAGGUAACCAGAUGGAAGUGGAGCACAGCUGUUUAAAAUGUGUUUAAACCACCUCAUCUGGGGCUGUGUGCUCCUUUUUGCAGUAGAUGUGAGGGAAAAGAGCUGUGGACUUGGUGGGUUGUGUUGUUAUAAAGGAACCAGAUUGUCCUCUUUGUGCUCCUGGUUACUGAACAGCCAGGAGAGUGGUAAAACUUUAAUCAUGUACAAAUACAUAAGGCCUUUCUCGUGAGGUCAGUGGAUUUAAUCAGCAGGAGGUUUCGACUCAGAAUGUUACUUGACAGCUUUUGGGGAAGUAUGGAAAAGUGUACUUUAUGUACAGCUGUUUCUUUAUGACACACAUUCUUCUAUACUGAGUCCGUUGCACAGUUCAAUGGCCAUCUGCUACAACUGCCCCACUUUAGGUAUUAACAUAUAAAAUCUUAGGUAUUAUUAAAAAAAACCUUCCUUGUUUAGUUGUUAUGGAGUCAAAGUUUAUUUUAACACUUUUGUAUCCAGCCUCAAGUGGCCAUGUGAGGAACUGCACUUUCCAUUGGCUUCAUUUUAUUCUGCCCAGAAGGUUCCAGUCCAGUCUAAGCAUUCAUCAUAAACUUUCCACCUCCAUACACACACACACACACACACACACACACAGAAAAAUCCUCAGUUCAUGUCAGGAACAAUAUUGAAGGUGAAUGAAAACUGUGCUGUGAACAGGCCAAACUGGAAGACAGUGAUGAAACACCACUGCCCAUUUUUCCAGUAAACAAUGAGUCGAAAUGGAGCCUUGAUGGCUGUCAAGUCUGAAUGAGAAAGCAGUUGUAAUUGUAAAAGGUG